GUGUGUGUGUGUGUGUGUGUGUGAGGGGUAAUUAUUCACAACACAAUGCUUAUCAGGUCCAGCAAACUGUGUCCACACUGGGACACGUAUUUGGAGCAGCCAAAGCCGCGCGUGCCCGCAUCGGAGGCCUCAUAGAGCUCGUCCACGUGCUGCAGUUGACGCUCUGCGGCACUCGUCGUUGGCCUGGCGCAAAGAGAGAGAGAGGAUGAACCAAAAGGUGAUUAGCGGCGACCCCUGGUCAGAGACGACGGACUCACAUGAAUAGAAUUUGGAAUAUGCUGCCCAGCAGCCCAUUGUGGGCAUCCAGAGGCGAUUCGUUGACCUCGCAAAUGGUUCGCAGCAGGCAGGAGGAGCCAUUGUACCCAUAGUGGGUCAGGUAGUUGAUAACGCUGCGAUAGAAGUCGUGGCGCCUGAACGGUGGCGGAGACCUCAUCGAGCGACGUCUCACUUCGUUGUCUUCAUCGGAGGCGCCUCCAUCACGUGCAUUGAUGGGAGUUACAUUGCCGGGCAAACCCAUGAAGGGAUCGUCUAGAUCCCACCUAUCGAUCCACUGAUUGUAGGAGUCAUUCGAGGGCAAAGCAUAGUUGGACUCGAAAUUGAAGGCCAUGUAAACGUUCUUGGGCGACAGAUCCAAGGGUAUAGCCACAGCAGCCAGCAACUGAAAAUAAGUCAACGUUUAGUUUAGUUUUGGAACCCGACUUUCCUUACCCCAAAAGAUCCCUGGCGCGGAAAGAAGAGAAAACCCUGCGAGAACCCCAGACCGAGGAGCACUAGAAGACCCAAGCAAAGUUCGCAGCGCAACGAACCCAUCGUAAGGCAAGCUCUCAGUGAACUAAGUUGCAGUGGCAAAUUGCAAGUUGCAGAAUCAGUUAGAGCCCACAAAAGGCACAAGAAAUGGGCGUCAGAAAUGGCAGCUCUGCCAUUUCUGGGCUCCUCUAAUGAACAAGUGAGAAAUGGCUUACGGUAUCGGCGGCUCAAACAAAAAAACAAAACCGGAAUAUGCAAGAUUUACACAGUUACCGCCACUCCACCCCGUCGCUGAACGAAUCUCUCCUGGCCGCUGAGCUCCACAAUUGGAGAGGUGCUAAUUGCUAGAAUGUGUAACGUUCUUCUUCUCUCGAGAAAGUAGAUGGCUUCCAGCUCUGCGAUCGCGUAGUUUUAUUGAGAAAUCAAAAGGAAAAUUCGUGAGCUAGAAAAAAAACACCAAGAAUACGAUUUAGUAUCGAUCGGCCAGAGCUGGCAUUAACAACGCGUUGGGGAAUCGCUCAGGGAAUAUAGUAAAACAACAAAUGAAAUUCAGAAUAGCAACCAUCACGGUGGGCUGCCUCCUCUGCCAGAUGCUGCACAUGGCCAUGGCCACCCUGGGCAGCCUGUCCAAGCAUGAGCGCAGCAAGAGGACGCCGAUACCCUGGCUGAUCUUUCCCACAACCUCGCCCACACGUGUCAUGGUCAGUGGAGGGACCAUCCCCAAUCAUAUGCUGAGCAACUAACCUCUAUCCGAUGUUCUUACAGUUCAUUGGCGGCAUUGGUUUGCCCCUGGAGGAUCUCAAUUUUGAGGCGGUGACCACGGGGUAUGUCCUCAAAGUGGAGUACUGGCUGCCCAUCACGCCAGAUGACUUGAGGACACCCACAGCCCUGCCCAUUACACAGGUGGCCACACCUGGCAUCACCGGUGCGCGCCGCCAGCGAAAGCCCAUGUUCGAGAACUUCCUGGUCGGGGUGGAUGAGCUGGGCAAGAACACCAGGAAGAUCCUGACGAGAACGAAUAAGGUGCUGAGCAGCUACCGCUGGACCGUCUACAAGGGCCUGGAGGGUCUGGCCGAUCGCCUGGGCUAUCAGGGCAGGAUCUGUGUCCUGAAGAGCAUUUGCGAGGCUGCCGAGGAACCCUUCCACUUUGCCAAUGGCCUCGUGGCGGAUCUCUUUCACAUUCUGCUGUCUCCCUCCUCGUCGGUGGACAAAUUGUCGGAGCAUGCGGAUAACGAGUAUUACUAUGCCGAGAAGAUGGGCCAGUCCGGUGCCGGCUGCGAUCGGGUGUUCAAGGAGUGCCGUCGCAGCCUGCUGCAGCACUUCAGUGAGCUCCACCACAACUUGAAUAAGUGUUCUUCUGGGAAACGGAGCUUAGAAACAAAGCAACCAAAUGUGGAGCUGUGGAGCGGCCCAGCCCGGCCCGGCCCGGGUGUGGUGUUAAUUGGGAGAACGUGAAGUUCUCGCUAAGGCCAGAAGCGGGAAGCACAGCCCCCACAGUGACGUCCCACAUAAUGGUCGGACCUAUGGCGUCUAGAUCGUGA